GGGCGUUUUGUCUUUCGAUGGGUCUCAAAACCAAGUGUUACUUCUGGAACCUUCUUCUCGUUUAUCAAAACCCUGCAAAAACCCAUCAGUUCAGAGAGGGGAAAACCCUAUCAAUCAGUCGCUAACAAGUGCUGCUGCUUAGAUCACCCUCUGUGUUGAGUUUAUUUGAAUACAGAGAGAAAUGGCGGACGAGCUGUCUCAGGACUUGGAGGAGCUUCGCCACCUUCGCUCCAUUGCCAAGAGACCUCGUAUUAUCUCUCUCCUCUCUUCCGAGGUUCUAAGCCUAGAGAAGUCACUUAAAGCUCCUGCUGAACCAGUUGUGCCAGCUCCUAUUGCAAAUACGACUGUCCCUGUGACUACACCUGGACUGAAUUACACCACUCUUAGCUCCUUUAGUUGGGAGCAAGAUGCUGAGAAGCUGAAGAUUUAUAUUUUCCUAGAGGGUGUUGAUCACGAGAAGGUGGAGACUGUUUUGAAGCCCAUGUCAGUGGAUGUCAAAUUCCAUGAUGUCCAAGGAAAGAACUAUCGGUGUGCCAUUCCCAAAUUAAACAAGGAAAUUGUACCAGAGAAAUCCAAGGUUAUAGUAAAACCAUCAAAGGUUAUUAUCACUUUACACAAAGCUUCCAAGGGGAAUUGGGUGGACCUGCACUUCAAGGAAGACAAGCUGAAGCCAAACCUUGACAAGGACAAAGAUCCAAUGGCUGGAAUCAUGGACAUGAUGAAGAACAUGUAUGAAGAAGGGGAUGAAGAUAUGAAGAGGACAAUUGCCAAGGCAUGGACUGAAUCAAGAUCCGGCAAAACAGCGAACUCCAUGCCAGGGUUUCCCUAGAAAUCAAUAGAAUCAUCUGUGGAAUGCCUAUCUUCUUUUUUUUCCUCAGAAAAGUGACAUAAGUUUCAGGAAUAUUUGUUCUGGGUAUUGAUGCACUCUUUCUUUCUUGUUUCUAGUUCAUAGAGAUAAAUGUAUGACAAGAUCUUAAUGAUAUUUUGCCAUUUGUUUUAGCAUUGGGAGUAUGAUUUGA